AUGGCGGAAUCCUCCGAGUCCCUCACAGUGGCGUCCAGCCCGGGCCCGCGGCGGCGCUCCAACGAUCCCCUCACCUCCAGCCCCGGGCGGAGCAGCUCCCGGCGCACGGAUGCCCUGACUUCCAGCCCUGGCCGGGAUCUUCCUCCCUUUGAGGAUGAGUCGGAGGGACUGCUGGGCACCGAGGGGCCCCUGGAGGAGGAAGAGGACGGAGAGGAGCUUAUUGGAGAUGGCAUGGAGAGGGACUACCGCGCCAUCCCGGAGCUGGACGUCUAUGAGGCCGAGGGGCUGGCCUUGGACGACGACGACGUGGAGGAGCUGACGGCCAGUCAGAGGGAGGCGGCCGAGCGGGUCAUGCGGCAGCGCGACCGGGAGGCGGGCCGCGGCCUGGGCCGCAUGCGCCGCGGGCUCCUGUAUGACAGCGACGAAGAGGAGGAGGAGCGCCCCAGCCGGAAGCGGCGGCAGGUGGAGCGCGCCACGGAGGACGGCGAGGAGGACGAGGACAUGAUUGAGAGCGUGGAGAACCUGGAGGACCUCAAGGGCCACUCAGUGCGCGAGUGGGUGAGCAUGGCCGGCCCGCGCCUGGAGAUCCACCACCGCUUCAAGAACUUCCUGCGCACCCACGUGGACGGCCGCGGACACAACGUCUUCAAGGAGCGCAUCAGCGACAUGUGCAAAGAGAACCGCGAGAGCCUGGUGGUGAACUACGAGGACCUGGCAGCCCGGGAGCACGUGCUGGCCUACUUCCUGCCGGAGGCGCCCGCUGAGCUGCUGCAGAUCUUCGACGAGGCGGCCCUGGAGGUGGUGCUGGCCAUGUACCCCAAGUACGACCGCAUCGCCAGCCGCAUCCACGUGCGCAUCUCCCACCUGCCGCUGGUGGAGGAGCUGCGCUCGCUCAGGCAGCUGCACCUGAACCAGCUGAUCCGCACGAGCGGCGUGGUGACCAGCUGCACGGGCGUCCUGCCCCAGCUCAGCAUGGUCAAGUACAACUGCAACAAGUGCGGCUUCGUGCUCGGGCCCUUCUGCCAGUCCCAGAACCAGGAGGUGAAGCCGGGAUCCUGCCCCGAGUGCCAGUCAGCCGGCCCCUUCGAGGUCAACAUGGAGGAGACCAUCUACCAGAACUACCAGCGCAUCCGGAUUCAGGAGAGUCCCGGCAAAGUGGCGGCUGGCCGGCUGCCCCGCUCUAAGGACGCCAUCCUCCUCGCGGACCUGGUGGACAGCUGCAAGCCAGGCGACGAGAUCGAGCUGACCGGCAUCUACCACAACAACUACGACGGGGCUCUCAACACCGCCAACGGCUUCCCGGUCUUCGCCACCGUCAUCCUGGCCAAUCACGUGGCCAAGAAGGACAACAAGGUGGCCGUGGGUGAGCUGACCGACGAGGACGUGAAGAUGAUCACCAGCCUCUCCAAGGACCAGCAGAUCGGGGAGAAGAUCUUUGCCAGCAUCGCUCCUUCCAUCUACGGGCAUGAGGACAUCAAGCGAGGCCUGGCGCUGGCCCUGUUCGGAGGGGAGCCCAAGAACCCCGGCGGCAAGCACAAGGUGCGAGGUGACAUCAACGUGCUGCUGUGCGGGGACCCCGGCACGGCCAAGUCGCAGUUCCUCAAGUACGUGGAGAAGGUGUCCAGCCGGGCCAUCUUCACCACCGGCCAGGGCGCCUCGGCCGUGGGCCUCACUGCGUAUGUCCAGCGCCACCCGGUCAGCCGGGAGUGGACCCUGGAGGCUGGCGCCCUGGUGCUGGCUGACCGAGGAGUGUGCCUCAUUGACGAAUUUGACAAGAUGAACGACCAGGACAGGACCAGCAUCCACGAGGCCAUGGAGCAGCAGAGCAUCUCCAUCUCCAAGGCUGGCAUCGUCACCUCCCUGCAGGCCCGCUGCACCGUCAUCGCCGCCGCCAACCCCAUAGGCGGCCGCUAUGACCCCUCACUCACCUUUUCGGAGAACGUGGACCUCACCGAGCCCAUCAUCUCCCGCUUCGACGUCCUGUGUGUGGUCAGGGACACGGUGGACCCCGUGCAGGAUGAGAUGCUGGCCCGUUUCGUGGUCGGCAGCCACGUCAGACACCACCCCAGCAACAAGGAGGAUGGGGGCCCAGGGGGCGCCCUGGAGCCCGCUAUGCCCAACACUUACGGCGUGGAGCCCCUGCCGCAGGAGGUCCUGAGGAAGUAUAUCAUCUAUGCUAAGGAGAAGGUCCACCCGAAGCUCAACCAGAUGGACCAGGACAAGGUGGCCAAGAUGUACAGUGACCUGAGGAAGGAGUCGAUGGCCACGGGCAGCAUCCCCAUCACCGUGCGGCACAUCGAGUCGAUGAUCCGCAUGGCUGAGGCUCACGCGCGCAUGCACCUGCGGGACUAUGUCAUGGAGGACGACGUGAAUAUGGCCAUCCGCGUGAUGCUUGAGAGCUUCGUGGACACGCAGAAGUUCAGCGUCAUGCGCGGCAUGCGGAAGACGUUUGCCCGCUACCUGUCGUUCCGCCGGGACAACAACGAACUGCUGCUGUUCAUCCUGAAGCAGCUGGUGGCCGAGCAGGUGACAUACCAGCGUAACCGCUUUGGGGCCCAGCAGGACACGAUUGAGGUGCCCGAGAAGGACUUGGUGGACAAGGCCCGGCAGAUCAACAUCCACAACUUGUCCGCCUUCUACGACAGCGAGCUCUUCCGGAUGCACAAGUUCACCCACGACCUGAAGCGCAGGGUGAUCCUGCAGCAGUUCUAG